AUGUAAAAUAUUAGUGCCAUUAACAAAAUUUUCUGGAGCUACUCAUCGCCUGUAAUGAAUCCGUCCCUUCAUCUCUGUAUCAAUGGCCACUCUCCAAACCCUCUCCUCCAAGUAUCUCAUCUUCCCCGUCUCUUCUCCUCCAAGAUUACUCCAUUUCAGAAACCCUUUUACUCUCUCCUUUUCCCGGGAGCUCUUAUUUCCCCGGAAAAUCACUGGGGUUCGGAGGGGUUCAGGCUUGCUAGUUAAAGGCUCUCACAGAGACAACGAAUCUCUGUCUACUAUUGAAAAUGAGAAGGAGAACGAGAGGCCUCCGUUCGAUAUCAAUUUGGCUGUCAUUCUUGCUGGUUUCGCAUUCGAAGCCUACACUAGUCCUCCUCGAGAUGCUGGAAAACAUGAAGUGGAUGCGGCAAAUUGCGAAACUGUAUUUCUUUCAGAAUCAUUUUUGCGUGAAAUUUAUGAUGGUCAGCUCUUCAUCAAGCUGAAUAGAGGUUUUGAUCUUCCUGCCAUGGAUCCAUGGGGUACAAGUGAUCCGUAUGUGGUCAUUCAGUUGGAUAGCCAGGUUGUCAGAAGCAAGGUUAAAUGGGGGACCAGAGAACCAAUUUGGAAUGAGGAGUUUACUUUAAAUAUCAAACAACCACCCGUUAAGGAUCUUCAGCUCGCAGCUUGGGAUGCUAACCUUGUGACUCCACAUAAGCGCAUGGGCAAUGCAGCAGUUAAUUUGGAAAGCCUUUGUGAUGGAAACAUGCAUGAAGUGCUGGUUGAGUUGCAGGGGAUGGGCAGUGGUGGAAAGUUACACAUAGAGGUAUGUCAAUAGACUGAUCUAAUGCUCCACUUGACACAUAUUGAAAAUGCAUCCGAUUUCUUUUCUCUAGUCUUCAUAUAUAUUCAACCUGUAAAUAAAUAAGAUUCCCCAUGUUUUGAAGAAUGUUUCAUAAUAUACCCCCUCCAUCCCCAAAUAUUUGUCAUUUUAGCCAAUAUUUUGUCCCAAAAUAAUAUAUACUCCCUCCGUCCCUCAGUUUUUGUCCACUUUCAUUUUUACACACCAUCCAAUGCACUUCUUUAAUCCAUUUUAUCUUGUAAUUUGUAUAUUAAAAAAUUAUAGAAAUUAUAUAUUAAUAAUCUAUAUGUUAAGACAAAUCAAACAAGAUCACACAUGACUAUAUUUAGGCUUACACAUUGAGAGAAUUUCAUGAGUCAAAGUGCUUAGAUGAAUAGUUCCAAAAGUCAAAAGUGGACAAAAAUUGGGGGACGGAGGGAGUAUAUUUUUUUGGAAUUCAAUGCGAAUUUUCAAAUAAUCUUCCAAAGUUGCCCACAUAUACUAGUAUUUUUUAAUUUUUAUAAAAUGAUUUUGUAUCCUGAAGUAGGGGUAAGGUCACAUUCAACUGUGUUGUUGCUUUUGUAUCCUGAAAAUCAGGGAAAAAGUUAAUACAUAGAUGAGUCAUUU